AUGUUUCCAGAAGCUUAUGAUCCACUUGACCCAAAUGGAAAUAUCACAAUCAAAUGGGAUAUUUUAAGCUGGGCACCUGAUGGUUAUAUUAUUGUGAAACCUACUAAAUUCAUAUCGCGAGACAAAAGGAGAGUCACACAAGCACUUAUGACAUGGAAUGUGACAUGCACAUAUUCACAAUUUCAAGCUCAAAAAAUUCCAACUUGCUGUGUUUCCCUCUCAUCUUUCUAUAACGAUACUAUCGUACCCUGCCCAACAUGUUCGUGCGGUUGCCAAGGCAACACAGCGCAAUCAGGAAGCUGUGUAGAUCCAAUCGCGCCACAUUUGGCCUCGGUUGUUAACAACUCUAGAAAGAAUAGCAUUACGCCUUUGGUUCGAUGUACUAGUCAUAUGUGUCCGAUUCGAGUUCAUUGGCAUAUAAAGCUCAACUACAGGGAGUAUUGGCGCAUAAAGGUUACUAUAACUAAUUUCAACUACAGGAUGAAUUACAAGGAUUGGAACUUAGUUGUUCAACAUCCGAACUUUGACAACCUGACUCGAAUUUUCAGCUUCAAUUACGAACCAAUAAUUCCCUACGGCUCGAUAAAUGAUACAGCAUUGCUAUGGGGAGUUAAAUACUACAAUGAUUUCCUCAUGCAGGCUGGUCCUAGUGGAAAUGUACAGUCAGAGCUACUUUUUGGUAAGAAUAAAUCGACUUUUACGUUCGAUAAAGGUUGGGCGUUUCCUCGGAGGAUCUAUUUCAAUGGCGACAUCUGCGUGAUGCCACCACCCGACGCUUAUCCAUGGUCACCUAAUGACGGUUCCAAACAAGAAGUUUCUUUUCUUGUUUUGAUGAUGGCAUCCUUAGUAUCAUUGGUGUUUUACGCAUAUGUUUAA